AUUAGUUGGUGCAUCUCCAACGGCCAUGGCUUCCUUAAGAACCGUUGAGAAAUGUACACCAAAAAUUCCUCAAUCUUGUUCGAAGCCCACAACCCAAACAAAGCGAAAGAUCGCGUCUUUGCCACUGCCCAUUUCGAGAAGGUCUGCAAUUCUCAUCUCUGUUCUGCCCUUAAGCCUUACUGCGCUUCCCCAAACAUUGCUGGCUAGAGAAAGGCGGAACAGGAAGACCAUCCCACUUGAGGACUAUCUCACAAGCACCGAUGGGCUUAAGUAUUAUGAUCUUGUUGAAGGGAAGGGUCCAGCUGCUGAAAAGGGAUCAACUGUGCAGGUGCACUUUGACUGUAUAUAUCGUGGUAUUACAGCGGUGUCAAGUCGAGAAUCUAAACUCUUGGCAGGAAAUAGAAUCAUUGCUCAGCCUUAUGAAUUCCAAGUUGGAGCUAUACCAGGAAAAGAGCGAAAGCGUGAGUUUGUAGACAAUCCGAACGGCUUGUUCUCUGCACAGGCUGCACCAAAACCUCCAAAAGCUAUGUACACCAUAACUGAGGGGAUGAGAGUUGGUGGGAAGAGGACUGUGAUUAUUCCUCCAGAGGCCGGGUACGGCCCUAAAGGAAUGAAUGAAAUACCGCCAGGUGCCGAGUUUGAACUAAACAUCGAACUUUUGCAAGUAAUUCCACCUGAAGGCAAGUGAUACACUACAUACUCGGAUCAAAAAGGUUUAUUGUACAUUCGGGCUUCUGUCUUGUGAUUCUUUUCUUUGAUUGGGUAGGAAUUCAUGAUCCUUCUCAUCGUGGUUCUUUCUUUAUGUAAGAACGAGAACACGUUUUAGUAGUAGGAUCCUGUAGUCCCAAAUUUUUGAUUCGUUUGUGUCGUUAGCCGAACAGACUUGUCCCUGAAUCGAGCUUCUUCAAUCCAUCAGCAUCUUAUCUCCAUUUUUAAGUGUAAUGAAACCUUGUACUGUUGAGUUUUGUCU